GUUGUAAUCUUUUUCCAUAAUGUGCGUGUUGCAAGUUGCAACAACUCCAAACAAAAUUCAAAUGUGACGCUGGUUUAGCAGGAAAAGUUACAAAAGGUGUUUUUUGUUGCUUAGUUUUUCCCUUCAUUCAUUCACAUCCAUGCCACUAAGGAAUGUUACCGUUAUAUGACUUAUAUCACUAACGUCUCUUUCCAUUUCUAUAACAUCUCAAAUCUACAACACAAUUUUUAUACUCAAAAUCAAAUCUCACAAAACCAUACUAUUCUCUCAUAACAUCAUCGAUCAAUCAACAAAGAUUCUUCGUUUUCUUCAUUCAUUCAUUCUGUAACAAUGGCACUUAGACCCAUUGAUAAUGCUCUUCCAACCAUAACCCAAGAAAGACCCAAAAAACAACCUAAAAUUGUUGUUUCAACUCAAAAACAACAACCUCGUACCUCUUCUAAUGACGAAAAUCAAGUCCCAUCGGAACCGACCAUUGAUUACAUUUCAUCCGACAACCUUAAACCCAUGUCGGAUCCUGAAGCUCAGAUUCAAAAUUUGAUUGGAAAUUUGGAUUCGAAAAAUUGGGUCAAGGUUUGUGAAUCGUUGAAUGAUGUUAGGAGAUUUGCAUUGUACAAUUCUUCUCUUCUAUUACCCAUCUUGGAUAAAAUUUUGUUGGUGGUGGUGAAGUCAAUGAAGAACCCUCGUAGUGCUUUAUGCAAAACCUCUAUUAUGGCUGCUUCUGAUAUUUUCAAUGCUUUUGGUGACAAAUUGUUUGACCCUUCCACUUUUGAGGCAUUUGAUGGCUUGCUAUUGCAGCUGCUUCUGAAAGCUUCUCAGGAUAAAAAGUUUGUGUGCGAAGAAGCUGAGAAGGCACUUGGAUCAAUGGUUGGUUCCAUGACACCUCUUCCAUUGCUUCUAAAACUAAGGGUAUCUGUGAGUCACACCAACCUUAGGAUCAGGGCUAAAGCUGCUGUUUCUCUAUCCAAAUGUGUCUCCAAGAUGGGAAUUGAGGGAAUGGAAGAGUUUGGAAUGGAAAAGUUGAUAGAAGUUGCAGCUGAUUUAGUGAAUGAUAGACUUCCAGAGGCAAGAGAAGCAGCAAGAAGUAUUGCAACUUCAGUGUAUGAGGCAAUCAUUAAGAAUGUGGAAGAAGUGGAAGAGAAGAUGGAAGUGUGGCAAAGCUUCUGCCACUCUAAGCUAACCCCAAUUAAUGCACUUUCAAUCUUGAAGAUUGUUAAACCUUAGAAUUAUAGGAGUAUUUUGUUUUGUAGGGUUUGCUCAUACUUGAGGCAUGUUUUGAAAUUUAGUUUUAUUUGUGGCAAUGUUCAUGGUUCUACAUGAGCAGUCUUUAGCUAAUAAGAUUUCAUUUUGUUUGAUGUUGUAGCUACAUUUACUUUUAUAUUUUUAUAUUGAAAAAGCAAAAUUUAUUA